AUGGACGACCAGAGACGAGGUUCCGCAAUCCAGGCGGACCAGGCGCUGGCGCGUCUGGGCUACAAGAGCGAGCUGCCGCGCAACCUCAGCAUGCUGAGCGUGCUGGGCCUGUCCUUUGCCAUCAUGGCGGUGCCCUACGGCCUCUCGACGACCAUGUACAUCACCCUGACCAACGGGCAGGCCGUCUCGGUCCUCUACGGCUGGAUCUUCGUCUCGCUCAUCUCCCUCUGCAUCGCCGCCUCCCUCGCCGAGAUCUGCGCCGUCUACCCGACCGCCGGCGGCGUCUACUACUGGAGCGCCAUGCUGAGCACCCCCCGCUGGGCGCCCCUCGUCAGCUUCGUCGACGGCUGGCUCACCCUCGUCGGCAACUGGACCGUCACCCUCUCCAUCAACUUUGGCGGCGCCCAGCUCAUCCUCAGUGCCAUCAGCAUCUUCAACGAGGACUUUGUCGCCAAUGCCUGGCAGACCGUCCUCUGCUUCUGGGCCGUCAUGAUCGUCUGCGCCCUCGUCAACGCCUUUGGCUCCCGCUACCUCGACAUUAUCAACAAAGUGUGCAUCUACUGGACCGGCGCCAGCGUCAUCAUCAUCCUCGUCACCCUGCUCGUCAUGGCAAAGGACCGCCGCUCGGCCGAGUUUGUCUUUUCCCACUAUGACGCCUCCGCGUCCGGCUGGCCCGAGGGCUGGUCCUUCUUUGUUGGUUUGCUGCAAGCUGCAUACACACUUACCGGCUACGGCCUGGUGGCGGUCAUGUGCGAGGAGGUGCAGAACCCCGAGCGCGAAGUCCCCAAGGCCAUGGUCCUGUCCGUCGCGGCCGCCGGCCUCACGGGCGUCCUCUACCUCGUCCCCAUCCUCUUCGUCCUCCCGGAUGUCCAGAUGCUCCUCGAGGUGGCCAACUCGCAGCCCAUCGGACUCCUCUUCACGACCGUCACCGGCUCCAAGGCAGGCGGUUUCGGGCUCCUCUUCCUCAUCCUUGGCAUCCUCAUGUUCGCCGGCAUCGGCGCCCUGACGGCCUCCAGUCGCUGCGCGUACGCUUUUGCCCGCGACGGCGCGAUUCCCGGCUACCACCUGUGGAAAAAGGUCAACCCCAAGCUCGACAUGCCGCUGUACGCCCUCCUCCUCUCCACCGUCGUCGACUGCCUCCUCGGCUGCAUCUACUUUGGCUCCUCGGCCGCCUUCAACUCCUUCACCGGGACCGCGACCAUUGCCCUCUCCACGUCCUACGGCGUCCCCGUGCUCGUCAACCUCGUGCAGCGUCGCAAGGCCGUCCGCCACUCCGUCUUCUCCCUCGGCAAGUUCGGCACCGUCAUCAACGUCAUCUGCGUCGUCUGGAUCGUGUUUGCCUGCGUCAUAUUCUGCCUUCCCGUCUCGCUCCCCGUCGACGCGAGCUCCAUGAACUACGCCUCUGUCGUCUUCUCUGGCUUUGCGGCCAUUGCGUUUGCGUGGUACUUUUCCUACGCGCGCAAGAAUUUUACGGGCCCGCCCGUGGAUAGAGAGGCCAUGGACACGGUCGACGGGGUCAUGGCGGCGCCGCAUUCGCCGAAGGAGGGUCUCGGUGACGAGAAGGCCGUCAAGAGCAAUGCCUCUUAG